UUCAUUAAAAUUCUAUGAUAAUAAGACGUAGACGUGUUUUUUGUUGCUUAUUCGAAUUUUUGUGACAAUAUUUUCCUCAUUUAUUAUGAAUGAUCCCAUUUCAGAAUUAAAACUACAUGAAACUGUGAUUUGCGUUAUAUAAUUGUCAAUUAAUUCUCGGAGAACUCUUCUGAAAUAGUGGAAUCAACAUUUAUUGAAAUAUUAAAAAAAUGUCUCUCACUUUACAACAAGUUAUAUGUAAUGCUACGAGAUUGGCAAAAAGAUUGGAGGAGGAAGAUGAAAUUGCUGAUACUUUGUUGAGUGAAACUAAUCAAAUUCAUCAGAAAAUUGAUGCUAUGAAGCAGUUUCAGGAAGAUGUAGAACAUUUGAAUGAUGUUGCGAACCAAAAGCCUCACUCUCAAUUAAUAGCAAACAUUCAAAAGGAAAAUAGACACCUGAAAGAAAUUCAACAAGAAAAUAGAGAGUUACGAGCUGCAUUAGAAGAGUACCAAACUACCUUAGAACAUAUCAUGUUCAAAUAUAGGCAGCAUACUACUGAAAAAAUAUAUAAAACCAGGAUUAACUUCAAAAAUCUGCAGAACAAUGAAUAUCAUAAUAUAAUAAGGAAACAAGCUGAAAAAAUUCAAGAAAUGGCUGCUGUUAUGCAGAAAGCAGCAGAAUUAGGAGAAGAUAAUUGUAUUGCUGACAUUGAAAAAGUCACAAAACUUUCUACUGAGAAUAAGGGUUUAAGGGAAGUACUUGGAAUAUCUAACCAAUAUGGUUCAAUGAAGUUACCAAUGGAAGACAAAAAUAUUCAAACAGAACCAAUGACUUGAGUACUAAGUUAUAAUAUUUUAUGGUGAUCUAAUUAUGUAUUAUAAGCUGGUGAAAAUCAGAUGCUCAUUAAGUGUAUUAUUAGUAUUACUUAUUUAUAAAUUUAUAGUUUCUGUAUUUCUUAUCAAUAUUUAAAUUUUGCACAAAUAAUGAAUUAUUAUUGCAAUUUAAUUUAUUUAAAGGAUUUCAAUAAG